AUGCACUCAGAAGAACGGCGUUGCCGCUGGAACAUGCGCAUCUGGAUAUGGAAUUUGCUGCACAUUUUCGGCUACGUGUGGACAAACCUCUAGCGAGAAUUGCACAUACUUCGAAUCUUCCAGUGUUCCAAUUGGAGCUUGUCGGUUGAAAAUUUGCAAGUGUAAUGACAACAUCUGCCAGCUCCGUCUGGAUUUUAAUUCCUUUGUGAUUUCGGGACCGGUCACACUCUCUUCUUCAACUGGAAAAGCCAUAAAUGGUAUCGUCACCGCAACUGGAACCAAAGAUGUGAAUUUAGCGACUCAGUGUUUAACUGAUCGAUUCUCAGUGACGAAUCCAGGAAGUUCAAGCCCACCCACCAUUUGUGGAACUAACACUGGGACCCAUAUGUACGUGGAUGCCAAUGAAAACUGCAAUGAAUUAGCCUUCCAAUUGGGUUCCUCGUCAUCUGUAAAUCGCCAAUGGUCGAUUAAGAUUACCCAAUAUGCCUGUGACUUUGACAAUUUGGCGCCCGAGGGAUGCACUCAGUACCACUUUGGUUCCAAUUCAGGCACAGUUAAAAAUUACAACUAUGAUGGUGGUGCUCAUUUGGCCAAUCAAGAGCAAAAGAUUUGCGUCAGACAAGAAAGCGGCAACUGCGAGACCUGCUAUUUUCAAAUCGAGAAAACGGACUUUCGCGUAUCUGGCAAAACCUCAAAAUCAACUGGAUACACCGCGAAAACCCAGUGUUGUGGAUAUGGAAGCAAAGGAGACGAUGUCAAUGGGUAUGAUUGUGUGGUGAUUCCGGGUGCGCUGAAACAAACAGACAAGCAGGACCCAGCCUUAGGCUCUCAAUUUUGUGGGGGAAUCCUGACAACCAUUGACGCGGGGACAGACGGCAAAACUGUUUGUACAAAACAACGUCCUUUUCACAUCACUUUUCGUUCCGACCAUUUUGAACACCCUGAUGAGUCAAAAAAGAUGAUCACAGAAGGAUUCCGAUUGGCUUAUACUCAAAAAAGCUGUUAGAUGUCCUCUUGGAAACUGUGCUUGUCUGUUAAAAUGAAAAUCAUGUGCAUAUUUUUUUUUAUAUUCUACUUUUCAUCUAUUUAGUUCCCUUGAGCCUGAUUACUAAUGAAUAAAUAACCAAU